GCGCACGGAGCCACUUCCGCAUUUUAUUCUUCCUCAUUGCUGGCUGCGCCCAUUCGGUCGUUUAUCACUUUAUUUUGUAAUAAACAUUAUUAAAAUAACUCAGGUUUCUUACAGCAAGUCAUAAUGUCAAAACCUCCUCCAAAACCCGCUAAACCAGGUCAAGUGAAAGUGUUCAGAGCAUUGUUUACCUUUGACCCUAGGACGCCGGAUGAGCUUUACUUUGAGGAGGGAGACAUCUUAUACAUCUCAGACACAAGUGACAGUAACUGGUGGAAGGGAACAUGCAGAGGAAGAACCGGGCUCAUUCCCAGUAAUUACGUGGCUGAACAGGCAGAGUCCAUCGACAACCCAAUGCACGAGGCAGCCAAAAGAGGGAAUUUGAGCUGGCUCAGGGAGUGUUUGGACAAUAAGGUUGGCAUUAAUGGACUGGAUAAAGCAGGGAACACAGCGCUGUACUGGGGUUGUCACGGAGGACACAGAGAUGUGGUGGAGCUGCUACUUUCCCAGGCGAACUGUGAGAUUAAUCAGCAGAAUAAACUGGGUGACACCGCGCUGCAUGCUGCCGCCUGGAAAGGAUAUUCAGACAUUGUGGAGAUGCUUUUAAACAGGAAUGCCAGGACAGAUGUGUUGAAUAAUGAGAAGAAGACGGCUUUGCAGAUGGCUACUAACGCUCAGUGUGCAUCUCUGUUGAAGAGGAAGCAGGGCAGCGUGAUUACACGCACACACAGCAAUGCUGAGGAGUACCUGGAUGAUGAAGACUCUGACUGAGAGGAGAAAAGGAGGAUUAAUAACAUUCCAUUACCAAAUAUUGUGUGUGUGUGCGUGUGUGUGUGUGUGUGCGUGUGUGUGUGUGCAGGAGAGGGCGAGAGAAUGAUCUUUUGCAGCAUCUUAAUUAAACAUAAAUUUGUUUCUGUACCAGUUUGUUGAACAUUUGCUGCUUAUGAUGGAUGUGUGUGUGAGGGAGAGAUUCUUUUGUACUAAAUGAAAAGUUUAUGUAUGUUAUAUGAAUUUCAAAGCUUUAAUACCCUGCUAAUAAAAACACUUUACACUUGUUUGUGUGUA